CCAGGAUCGCUAGUGUUGCAUGAUGGCAAUAUGGCUGAAAAUUGAACAUUGUGAUUUUGCUGCUAUUAAUCAAACAUGAAUAAAUGAUGCAUUAUAGUCUCACAGCUUCUUAAUAUUCUAAUAGUAGCGUCUAAAUAGGCAAGAUGACGAGUGCAGAUGUGCGGGAAAUCUUGGAGAUCGAGUUGCCGGAACAACAACCUGUCACCAAGGAAAGCCUAUUCAGCGAUGACAAGAAACAAAAAGUUUUUAAGAAGGAGAAGACAUUCAAGAAGCCCCAAGGAAUGCACAGAGAAGUAUGGGGCUUACUGUUCACAGACCCAAGGGAUGCUCCGCCGUUGUUGCCGAGCGAUACGAGUACCGGGUACAAGCAGGCGAAAGCCAAGAUCGGCCGUAGCAGAGUCCGGCCAUGGAAGUGGAUGCCCUUCCACAAUCCGGCGAGGAAGGAUGGAGCUGUGUUUUACCACUGGAGACGGAUGGUGGAUGAGGGGAAAGAUUACGCCUUCUCCCGCUUCAAUAAACAAGUUCCGGUGCCGACGUACUCGGAUCUGGAGUACCAGCAGCAUCUUCACGACGAGAACUGGACGCGUGAGGAAACCGACCACUUGUUUGGUCUGUGUCGGAGGUUCGAUCUCAGGUUUAUCAUAAUAAAGGAUCGUUAUGACAGGGAGCGAUAUCCAGACAGAACUGUAGAAGAUCUUAAAGAGAGAUACUAUCAUAUCAGUAAUGUGCUUGCAAAGAUGAGGGCGCUACCGGGCCCUGAAGCGAAGCUCUUCAUGUUUGAUGCAGAUCAUGAUCGACGGAGAAAGUUGCAGCUGGAGAAGCUCUACAAUAGAACUCAGGAAGAUGUCGAGGAGGAGGAGACGUUGAUGCAGGAGCUGCGUAAGAUAGAGCAGCGUAAGCGCGAGCGCGAGAAGAAGGCGCAGGACCUGCAGAAGCUGAUCAGCGCCGCAGACAACUCCGACCGCCGCCUGCAGAAAAAGCAGCCGAAGAAACACAUGGUCGCGCACAAGCUGUCGAAAGGUGGCGCCACGGUCACAUCCGGCGAGGCCUCGACCACUCCAGAUACAACUGGAAUUAAGUUUCCAGAGUUCAAAACGUCAGGAGUGACCCUUCGUAGCCACAGGAUGAAGCUACCAACCUCCCUCGGGCAGAAAAAAAGUAAAGCAAUUGAGCAACUCCUGGAAGAACUGGGCAUCGAGCAGAGUCCGAUGCCGACGGAGGAGGUGGCGACGCAUUUCAACGACGUGCGCUGCGACAUGGUGCUGCUCUAUGAGCUGAAGCUAGCUCACGCCAACUGCGAAUUCGAGGUGCAGACGCUCAAGCACCGGCUCGAGGCCCUCGUACCCGGCAGACUCGCCAGCUUAAACCUGCCAGCCUCGGCCGCCGCCACAACCACGCCCAGCACGUCUGGUGAGGCUGGCGGGGACUCACCGGGAAAAACUAGGAAGAUAUCGGAAAUAAUUGACGUAGUUGGGAAUGCUGAGCAUCCCAGUGUAAGGGCAAACUUGUUUGAAAGUAUAGAAGCCUGGGAUAGAAAUACUAUUAGUCCCUCGAGAAAGAGGCGUGCGGCACUGGAACAGAGAGACAUCAUGAAGAAACUCAAAGGGAACAAGUCAUAAUAGUGACGUAAUGAAGGUUUCUAUGCUGUAUCGAAGUUAGUUCCAUUUCACAAUACUGCAUGAUUGCUGUUGCUGGCCUCGGCAGCAAGUUGGCAUGUAAUUAUCGAAGAAUUAGCUGAAUAGCUAUGUUCAGUUGUUUUUCAUUUCACUAUAAAGUGUUAGCUGUUGGAUUGAGUUGAGCACAGGCGAAAUGACAGGUGUAGAAUUCGAUGCGUGGUUAUUAUACCCGUAUAAGAAUCAUGAGCAGGUUGUCUAGACGACUAGCUACAAUAGAUAUGCCUUCCGUUUUGCUCACGAUUAAAUUUAUGCACGUUUGAAUGUAAAUUUUAUGAAGAUGUGGUUUUCGUGUGAAGAAUUUGUAUGUAUUUAGUUAGUAGGUGUACCUCCGUUGGAAUUGUUGUUUUGGUUAAAAAAAAAUAUUGAUUAUAGGUGCGUGUGGCGGGCGCUGUGUUAUCAGCACACCUUGCUUACAUGAACUGUGAUCAUGUUGACAGAGUCUAGUAUUCUUCAUAUAUUAGCACACAUCUCUCUAGACUAGAACAUACCUGUCUGUAUAGGACACUCAACAUUUCCGCUGAGUGGCAGUUAUGCAGUAAAACAAACUAGAGAAUCUAUCUAUCUUUCAUAUACGUUUUGAGCCUGUGACGCACCUCUAUCACAGAGUGGUGAGUUAUCGUAAUCUCCACCGUCAUUAUGUGUCAUGAGAUUUAUGCUUACAUGAAUGCUGUUGAAUUGCUACAAUAUCAGAGGAAGGUGUUGGCAUAUGACCGUUUUCUGUACUGAAUUACAUUUAUUUACCAGCCUUUUAUGGUCAGUUUAUGGAAUUUAUACACCAAUUGGCAAUCCAUGUUCGAAACUCGAUUUUCCUGGAAUCAUUAAUCCUCAUACAAACUUAAGAGUUUUCUUACCAGGUACUAUCUAGAUUCUAGACUUCAUUCAUUCGCAAAUACGGAGAACCACUGAAUCACUGAUGCGUUGUUGAAAUCGCUGCAUGCAUAUGUAUUCUUUUCAGAAUAACGAACUUUAAAAAAUCGCAGCGAAAUAAAAUCAUUGGGUCGAAAUCAGACAAAACGGGACGUACGUGACUUACAAUUGAGGUUGUAUAAUAUAUUUCCACGUACCGGUAAGGGUGCCAAGGCAAAUCGUGAUCGUUGAAACACGCGUGGCCCUAAUGGUAUCGAUUUAUCUUCAUAACUCGCCCCUCCCCCGCGUGCCACAUACAUUACUCUGUCAGUCCAUAGGUCAGUCGUACCUGUUCAGAUUCUUCUAACGGCAGUUUGUAGGUGUGUAAUCUUGGUGUAAUGUAUGUCUUACUAGGGGUCCAGGGGAGUCGAUUUUAUGCAGUAAGACGAACCGACGUACAGUUAGUAAUGGUAUCAUGGUGGGAGUGUGGAUAAUCUGAUAUUCUUUACAGCGUGCGUGCGAGUAACUCACUAGCACAAACCUAUAGCACAUCCCGUCCUCUCCUCACGCGUGGCAACGUAUAGCGUGCAGCGUUUACGAUGUUACAUAUGUCGUUAAAGCAAGCGUGUAUUUAUAUACAUAUACAGAAUUAUUGGUUCAGAAAUAGCUUGGGGGGGUGGGGUUUCCAACGCGUGGUGUACCGCUGUACAGUGUCUUAUGUUACGCCAGCACUUUGACACGAACACAUAUGCAGUAGUAGUACGUGGUUGGUUCCACAUUUGCUUGUGGAGCAAGUGCUGUUGUGAUUCCCUUUCUCUUUUGUGAUGAGUAAAAGCACAAUAUAGUUAGAUGUGCCAGAGUGAUAGUAUUUUUGUCUGUUUCAUAUCAUUCAAGUCUUGGAACUUAUCUGAACACGAUCGAUAAUUAAAAGAUUUUUUUUCACAUGUA